AUGCGUGAAUCUCCCGCCACCAACUGCCCCACAGUUAUCAAUACGCGGUUUGCGAAUGCUGUCAUAAGAAGUCGCCGGAAACUUUGCCUUUGCGCCACUGGCAUUAUGGGAGUUGAAGUUUUUUCUUCAUCAUCAUACGUUACACUGGCGAGUUCCUGGCGGCUAUGUAAAACUACAUGUACCAUCUGCCCACACACAAACACAAGCAUGGCAGCCUCCUCUUCGGGAUACAGCAGAAUGUUCUUUAAUCUAAGGAAAUAUGCUAAUAAAUCACAAAGUUUAUAUCAUAUUAAUACUUUUAAUUUAGUGAUAAGGACGUUAUGGAUAUCUGGAUCCAAAACUCAACUUCAGCCCAAAGUCCAUACUAAAAGUCUUCCUCAGAUGGUUGGUGUUGUGGGUCUGGAAAUCCAUGCUCAGAUUCAGUCCACAUCAAAGCUCUUCUCUGGAUCUCAUGUUAGAUUCUUGGCUCCACCAAACUCACUUGUCUCACAUUUUGAUGCUUCAUUACCAGGAACACUGCCAGUACUGAACAGAAGAUGUGUGGAGGCUGCCGUAUUGACAGGCCUUGCUCUCAACUGUACCAUCAACGGGAAGUCACUAUUCGACAGGAAGCACUACUUUUAUGCAGACAUGCCUGCAGGCUACCAGAUCACUCAGCAGAGGGUUCCCAUAGCAGUGAAUGGCAUGCUGGUCUAUAGUCAUUUUGAAGGUCACAGAAGAAACCCAGUUGUAACCAAGAGUGUGAAAAUCAAACAGAUCCAGCUUGAGCAAGACAGUGGAAAGAGUCUCCAUGAUGAUGAACGGGGUCAGACUCUCAUAGAUCUCAACAGAGCAGGUGUAGGUCUGAUGGAGCUGGUGAUGGAGCCAGAGAUGUGUUGCGGAGAGGAGGCAGCAGCUGCCGUCAGAGAGCUUCAGCUCAUCGUUCAGGCUCUGGGCACCUGCCAGGCUAACAUGGCUGAGGGGCAGCUUAGAGUUGAUGCCAAUGUGUCCGUGCAUCGCCCUGGAGAGCCUUUGGGAGUGAGGACAGAAGUCAAAAAUAUCAACAGUGUGAGGCACCUGGCUAAAGCCAUAGACUAUGAGAUCCAGAGACAGAUGGAGGUUCUACAGAGCGGUGGGACGGUUCUUAAUGAGACCCGAGCAUUUGACAGCAAAUCUGGUAACACAGUUCCAAUGAGGGAUAAGGAAGGCCUGCAAGACUACAGGUUCAUGCCAGAGCCCAACUUGCCACCACUGUUUGUUUAUGAGAGUGAGGCUUCAGUGCCUGCUGGCGUUGACCCUGCCCAGGUUGUGGUGAUUGGCAGGCUGAGUGCCCAGUUGCCAGAGCUGCCGUCUGUGAAAAGGACAAGGCUAGUGGAGACGUAUGGCAUCCUGCAAGAGCACAGCUUCACACUGGUGAAUGAAGACGGGCUUAUGGACUACUUUGAGAGUGUUGUUCAGAUGACCAAAGCAGAACCGAGGAAGGUGAUUGGCUGGGUAAUAAAGGAGCUGAUGGGAAAUAUGAAUAGUCAGAGUCUGAAAGUCUCUCAGAGUCCCAUCUCUCCAAGUGCUCUUGCUGAGCUGAUCAAUCUUGUAGAAUCUGGUCAUAUCUCAUCUUCAACUGCCAAGCAAGUUUUCCAGGAGAUGUGGAAGGCUCCAGAGAAGACAGUGGGCCAGAUAGUGAAGGAGCAGAAUUUGUGGAUGAUAAAUGACAAAGAGGAGCUACAAAAGAUCUGUAAGAGGAUUGUGGAAAGUCACCCUGAGGAGGUUCAGAUUAUCAGAGGAGGUAAUAAGAAAGUACUGAACAAACUGAUGGGUGAAGUUCAGAGAGAAACCAAAGGGAGAACUGACCCGGUCCAAGUCAGAGCCAUUCUAGAGAAAAUGGUCUCAUGAAUUACCCAGCAUGCCUCUUUAUGGGUUAAUGCUGUGUUCUGAACAAGCAACUUAAUGGAGAAAUGCAUUUUCAUACAUUUAAUAGCCUCUGUACCAGAGUACAGAGACUGUUCCAGAAAGGUGUCUACACUGUAAAAUUUAGAGCCUGUUAAUAUUUACUGGUCUGAUAAACAAAUGUUUCGUGCAUGAAGGCUGUGUUGUUUUAUUUCUAAAGAGUUGAGGAUUUUAUUCUUCACAGCUCAGUUAAUUCUGGCCUCUCAGACAUUUAUCACUCAAUGAUCAUUGAUUCCUUAAUAGUCAGCUCUUGUGAGAAAAUCUUGUGUGUGCACAGAAUCUCUUUGCGCUGCUUUAAGUUGUUUGCAGCUCUGUAUGGAUUUUCCAUCAGAAUUGGAUUUUGUGGGAUUAUUCAUCACUUUUAGACUUUUAGGAGGUCAGGCCAAGGUUGCCUGAAAUAUCUGAUGUUUAAUCACCAUUAGCCAUUUCCAGUAUGUUCCAGGUCUGGAAUAUAGGGUCUGACAAAGGGUUCAAAUAAAUGCGAUGUUUGUGUACUGCUAAGACUUUUUAAUCAGACCCAACAUAUUGAAUUAUACAUUUUCAAAUCGUACAACUUGAUGGUACUUCGGAAAAUACACACUAGUGUUGGUUGUUAUGCGAGUAACUAGCGCCCUCUGGUGGAUUAUGUUUUUACAUACAAUUAUACCAAAACAAGCCAGUCAUCUAUGCUAUGGCUACCAUACAUUGAAUUGCUAAUGUUAGGUAUUAUUUUUUUUACUUCUAUGAAAUGAAGUGCAUUCUUUAAGGGAUGUUUCCAAAUCAUUCCAAACUUGUAUGUCAAAAGAUCUAUAGGCAAAGAUGUAAGUGAACCGAUAAAUCACAAUGGGACCUUUGGAAAAACGUUGGGAGACAUUACUGAAUAUGAACUGAAAAAGGACCUAGUUUUGAACAAAGCCCCUUUUGCUGAAAGGACUAUAACAGUAUGCAUGAGUUAAUGUUCCCAAACACACAGGCACAUCCUCACCCAAAGCUGUACAUGGAACAGGCCAAUAUUAAUACAGUAAAUUACUGUGCCAACCCAAAAGAUCAUAUUUACAGUAGUAUUAUUUGGGUGUAGGCAUUUCAUUGACAAUGUUAAGAUGUUUCUUUAGUUAUAACAUUAUCUAUCUAUCUAUCAUACUUGUAUGCAUCUGUCUUUAAUAUAAACAAAAUGCAAGCGGCAGAAAAGGGAUGUUCAACUCCAGUUGCAUCACAUUAUUCACUCUUCAUAGCUUCAGAAGACUGACAAUGUUACGGCCCACUCACUCAUAUGCCACUUCGAAUUGUGUUAGCGGACAGGAGAUAUCUUUAUUCAAUACGUCAUGCCUUCAUACAUUUCUGACAGAAGCCAUUUCCAUUUGACAUACAGAAAAUGCUAAACAGUUUCCUGUCGGAACAUAAAACAAGAGCAGGUGAAAAGAUGAGCUGGUAAUAUUACUACAAAUUCAGUAUUUCUUUUUACAACCUACAUACAGAACUAUACAGAGAUGUAAAAUUGAAGUAUUGCUUACCACCAGUAAGGCAAUUUAAUAUAGAAUUUCUAAUCUAGCUCUUGAUUCCCCAUAUUAAGGUCACCUGUGGUACAUAAAAAUGCAUAUAAAUAUCUUUGGAUUAACAUGCUACAUUGUGACCUCGGGAUGUUUGGUAAUCAAAUUUUGAUUGACAGUUAGGGAGAAAACAUCUACCUUCAAAAAAGUCUUUCUGAACAAUCGAAGGCAAUGAAUACAUUUAAGGCAAUUAAUCAAAUGUGUGAAAAAUAAACAUCUUUAAAUGAGACUUGUGAAAUUCUAUUUAAAGUGUAAUCACUAAUGUGUAUAAUCAAUAUGGUGCACUUACAAAUUUCAUGUAACAGUUUGUACUAAAAACAAAUGUGUAUUACUGAACAAGUUAAUGUGUUUUGAUAUAUAACAUGGUAAAAAUAUUUCAAAAUCAAGGCAACUUUGAUACUAAAGGACACUCUUUUGCAUGUGGGUGUUUAGAUACACUGGAAUUGCUUAUCAACUGCUUUCCUGUACAAAUGUAAAAAAAAAAAAAAGUAUGCAACUGAUUGUGAUCUCUCUGAUCAUGAUUCAGCAAAAUCAAUGUUCUUCAUGGCCAUUUUCAGAAGCCAUGCAAACAAUGAUAACACAACAAAGAAACAAAAAUCAAAACACAAAGGAUGUCUGUAAAAAUAUAAGAUUUUAUAUCUCUCUAAAAUAGUUUUAAAACACUACAUUUUAAAAGUUUGGGGUUGGUAAGAUUUUUUAAUGGUUUUGAAAGAAGUCUCUAAUGCGCAUCAAGGUUGCAUAUAUUUGAUAAAAUUACAGUAAAAACUGAAAUAUUGCAAUUUAAAACAAAUUUUUUGUUUUAAUACAAAUUACAAAAUGUAAUUUACUCCUGUGAUGGCAAAGCUGAAUUUUCAGGUACAUUUCCUUAUUAAUAUUAAAAGCAGUUUUGCUGAUUAAAAUUUGUGUGGAAACUGUGAUGCAUUUUCCAUGAUUGUUUUAUGAAUAGGUUCAAAAGAACAGUAUUUAUUUGAUAGGGUAAAAACUUUUACAUUGUUACAAAAACAUUGUCACUUUUGAUCAGUGUAAUGUAUCCUUCCUGGAUAAAAGUAUUUCUUUCUUUAUAAAUACAUAAAUAAAAAAAUUUAAAAAAACUUACUAACCUUAAACUUUUGAACAGUAGUGUGU